AUGGGCCUGAUGUGUUGUCUCUAUGAAGAGACAAGAGACCCAACCUACCUAGAGGCAGCCAAGCGGGCUUUGACGAGGGCCAACCCGAACCUCAAAUACGGCCCCAAAACCUCGACCCGUGUUAUGGCUGUAUUCGCGGACUUUGAGGAGGAUUUGACUCAAGAGACAGCUGUACAGUUGCAGACAGAGCUUAUGGCACGGAAGAAUUACGCGCUCAUUUUCGUACAAAAUAAUAUGGCUAAUACAAGGACCUCAUAUAUAGACCAACUAACCUGA